AUGGGCGCAGGGUGGGCAUUGCUGGUCUGCCUGGCGCUGACAACCUCCUGUCGUGCCCAUGACGGAGAUCACGUAUCCACCGUGCAUGUGGUGUUCGGAAACCACCUGGAUGUGGGUUUCGACGGCAUCGAUCCGGCUGUGGGCACCGACGACAACGUGAUCAACGUCUAUUUCCACCACCAUUUCCCGAAAGCCUUGGCAGUCGCCCGGUUCCUGAGACAGCGGGGCGGAGCUGAGCGCUACAUCUACACGACCCACUCUUGGCUGGUGUCCAUGUUCCUUGACUGUCCAGCACGCAUCGGCAUCAAGUGCCCCAGUCCCAGUGCUGUACAGGAGUUGGAGGAGGGGAUACGUGCGGGCGACAUCACCUGGCAUGCCCUGCCCCACAACAGCCAGAUCGAGGCCUUUGACGCUCCCCUGCUGCGAUGGGCCGUGGAUUUUACACAUGCCUUGGAUGCCAAGUACGGUCAGUCGCCAAGAAUCACCAUGAGCCAGAUGGAUGUCCCGGGCCUGACUCGGGCCGCGAUCCCCAUCCUCCACGGCGCCGGGGUGAGGGCGCUGAGCGUGGGGGUCAAUGGCGGGUCCGCGCCGCCAGACGUCCCGCUGAACACUCCCUUCUGGUGGGAGGACCGCGCCACGGGCACCCGCCUGCUGUCCUUCUGGCACCCGGGCGGGUACUCGGGUGACCCCGUGGACGGCCGGGGCAGCUGCGUCCGCGCGCAUGGCCACCACGAGGUGCUGUGCGUGGCGUGGCGGGGGGACAACGCCGGGCCGCACAGCGUCCGUGAGGUGGACGAGAUCUUUGAGCUGGUGCGCAAGGACUGGCCGGGCGCCAUGGUCAAGACGUCCACCUUUGACAACUUCACGGGCCCCUUGCUGGAAGCUGCCACGAGGCUCGACCUGCCCAAGGUCGCUGCAGAGAUAGGUGACACAUGGAUCCACGGCAUCGGUUCUGAUCCGGGCAAGCUGGCCGAGUUCCGGGCGCUGCUGAGGAUGCGGCGUGCCGCCCCCGAGCUGAAGGAGGACCCCGCCUUUGAUGCUUUCUCUCGCCUCCUGCUCAAGGCAGGGCUGUGGGUGCCCGAGCACACCUGGGGCGUGGACAUCAAGAAAGCCCUGACGGACUAUACACACUGGAGCAACCACAAGUUCCAUCAGCAGCUGAGGAGUAGGGCCCCCAACUUCCUUGCCACGGUCCAAUCCUGGCUGCGGCAGCGCGCCUACAACCUCUGGGCUGUGCAGGAAUUGGGAAACUGUCCCAUGGGGGUGGCGGCUUGGGCGGCGCUGGGCACGAUACAGAGCGGCAAGACGCUGCCUGAUCCAGAGGCCCGGCACAGCGGGUUCGUCAAGUGCGACAUGGCGUCUGCCUUAGUGUUCGAGGGCGGGGGCUGGAAGUUUGAGAUUGAUCGCACCACCGGUGGACUGGCGGGGGUGGAGAGGGUGUCCCACGAUCCCGUGGGCGGCGCGGCGGGCGACGACUCGAGGAGACUCGAGUCCAGAGGGGGCUGUGGCCAGCAGGCCGCCGUGCAGGGGGCUGGCCCUGGCGGGGCCCUGCGCUGGGCCAACAGCCAUUCAUCCCUGGCCAGGGUGGUCUACAGUACAUACUCAGAGGACGAUUACUCCACCAUCUGGGACCGGUACGCAUACCAGACGAGCCCCGAGCCAUGGUGGUUUGCGCUGGAUUUUGGGAAGCCCAACGCCACACGGCUUGGAGGGGCUGCCAGGGCGGAUGUGGAUCCCGUCGCCCAGCGCGUGUGGGCGGCGAGCUCGUCGGAGGCGGGCAUCCACGUCGUCACGCGCUCCACCUUCCCAGCGCACUUUGUGGGGCGGGCGGGGGCGCCGGCCGCGGUGUGGACGGAGGUCAGGGCCCUGCCAGGCUCCAAUGGCCUGCUGGUGGACAUCCUGUGGGAGAACAAGACCGCGACGCGGCUGCCAGAGACCCUGUGGGUCCGGUGGUCGCCCUCUGAGGUGGAUGCCCAGAGCUGGGUCAUGUACAAGCUGGGGACGCCUGUGAGCCCCCUGGAGGUCUUGCGGAACGGGAGCCAUGCCAUGCACGCUGUGGGCGACGAGGGGGUGGCCGUGAGCUCCGCGGAUGGCGCUCGCAGGCUGGCCAUCAGGUCCCUGGACGCUGCGUUGGUGAGUCCAGGAGCCCCGACGCCCUUUCCAGUGUUGGACGGGACCCCAGCCAUGGAGGAGGGCAUGUCCUUUGCACUCACCAAUAAUAUCUGGGGGACAAACUACCCCAUGUGGGUUCCCUACAAGGACAAUGACAGCAACAUGCGCUUCAGGUUCAUCCUCCAGGAGGAGGUCGGCAAUCAACAAGGGCCGAUGCAGAUUACGCGUGAGCGCAUCACUUAUGCAGCUUCCUGA